AUGGCGCCCCUGGCCCUGGUCUGCGUCCUGCUGGGCCUGCCCGGGCCUCUGGCUGCAGGUAUGUCCCAGUGCGCCUCCAACCCCUGCCAGAACGGGGGCUCCUGCCAGGACCAGCUCCAGUCCUACCUCUGCUUCUGCCCCCAGGACUUCGAGGGCCGCAACUGCGAGACAAACAAGGACCGGCGGCUGAUCUGCGCCAACGAGAACGGGGGCUGCGAGCAGACCUGCCGCGACCGCGUCGGCGGCCCGCGCCCCGGCCACUGCCACGCGGGCUAUGCGCUGCGGCCCGACGGGGUGUCCUGUGCGCCCACAGUUGAGUAUCCGUGUGGGAAAAUCCCGGUUCUGGAGAAGAGAAACGGCAGCACCCCCCAAGGGCGAAUCGUGGGGGGCACGGUGUGCCCCAAAGGGGAGUGUCCCUGGCAGGCCCUGCUGACUCUGAAUGGGCAGCUGCUAUGCGGGGGGACACUGGUCGACGCUGGGUGGGUGGUCUCCGCUGCCCACUGCUUCGACAAGAUCAGGAGCUGGGAGAACCUGACGGUGGUGCUGGGCGAGCACGACCUCAGCCAUGUGGACGGCGACGAGCAGGUACGGCGGGUGGCGCGGGUGACCGUCCCCGACGCCUACGUCCGGGGCAGGACCGACCAUGACCUGGCCCUGCUGCGCCUGCGCCGGCCGGCCUUGCUGACCGCACACGUGGUGCCCCUGUGCCUGCCCGAGCGGGACUUCUCGGAGCGCACGCUGGCCUUGGUGCGCUUCUCGGCGGUCAGCGGCUGGGGCCAGCUGCUGGACAGGGGCGCCACGGCGCGCAAGCUCAUGGCCAUCCACGUGCCCCGCCUGAUGACGCAGGACUGCCUGGCGCAGUCCCGCACCCGCGCGGCCAUCACCGACAACAUGUUCUGCGCCGGCUACCUGGACGGCAGCAAGGACGCCUGCAAGGGGGACAGCGGGGGCCCCCACGCCACCCCCUUCCGCGGCACCUGGUACCUGACGGGCGUGGUCAGCUGGGGCGAGGGCUGCGCGGCCGCCGGCCACCUGGGGGUGUACACGCGGGUGUCCCGCUACACCGACUGGCUGGCCGGCAUCAUGGGCUCCGAGGCCCGGCCCCUCUCGGGGGGCCCCCUCCUGCGCGCCCCGCUGUCUCCGCGCCCGCCUCCCACACACGCUGGGUCCCCACCCAGCCCCCCUGGGCAGCUGACGCCCACCCGCCGGCCCCCCAGCGCACAGCCAACGCCCUCUGACCCGGGCAGCGGCCACCCCAAGCCUACUCCGCCUUGA